AUGAGUAUCAUAGUGGUCCUCGGGGCGACAGGGGUUCAAGGAGGAAGUGUAGUCAAAGCCUUCUCGUCCGUUCCCGGUUGGCAUGUUCGAGCUGUUACUCGCGACCCCUCCAAGCCAGCAGCACGCCAGUUGGAGCAAGGAGGAGUCGAGGUAGUCAAGGGCGAUCUCGAUGACCCAAAGUCAUUGGCUGCUGCCUUUGAGGGCGCAACUGCCGUCUUCGGGGUUACCAACUUCGUGGAAACGUUCGAUGCGGAGCGAGAAUAUCGUCAAGGGCGAAACAUCGCUGAUGCUGCGGUAGAAGCUAAAGUGAACCAUCUCAUCUGGUCGUCGUUGCCACAUAUGACAAAACUGAGCGAUGGCAAUAUUGCAGUUCCCCAUUGUGACUCCAAGGCCAUGGUCGAGGAGUACAUUCGGGAAACCGGGUUGAAUGCAACCUAUCUUUGGGUCGGUCAUUAUAUGAGCGGCCUCGCAUCGGAUGGAUCAUUCCUCAAAAUACAAAAGGAUAGUGACGGCGUCUAUACUGUCAAAGUUCCCUGCGCGCCCUCUACAGUCGUUAGUGCCAUUGACGCUGAGGAAGACGUGGGAAAAUUUGUGAAGGGAAUAGUCGACGGAGGGUCAAAGUUUUAUGGCAAACGUGUACUUGCCGCUGGCGAGCACAUAUCGUAUGCUGAUAUGAUGAAGCAAUGGUCACAAGUUCUUGGCAAGCCAGCAAAGGUGCAAGAGCUGUCAUCCAAGGAAGAGCUGCAAGCAGUCAUGCCGAUUUACACCGAUGGGGUUUGGAACAUGUUUUCCUAUUUCCAGAAUUACGGCCUGAAACGUGGAGCAGACAUUGUGAAUCCUGAAGAGGUUACAGAAUCUACUGUGACCACAUGGAUGGACUACGUCAAGAGAUCGGAUUGGAGUUCUGUUCUCUAG